AUGGAGGCGAUAAAUACCGAUUGCAGCGACAGUUCCCGCAGCCAACAACUGAAGGACGAAGAUAGGCUCAGCAUGCUGACUGAUGAUAUUUUACUGUCCAUCUUGGGGAGAGUCAGCUCAUGUAUGGCUGCAAGGACAAGUGUGCUCUCUACACGGUGGAAGCAUCUGCCUUGGUUGCUGCCUGAGCUCAGCAUCGAUGUGAAGGAUUUCCUAUCCGCUCCGUGCGCUGACCCUAUUGAGGAAAAUGAUAUGGAACAAGCUAUGAAGUCUUUGACCAAAGCAACCAGGAGUUUGUUGGAUAAACAACAGAGAGAAUCCACUAUCUCAAGUUUGCACCUUGAGCUCUAUCUGUUCAACGCUUUCCUUUGUGAGGUUGGCCCACUGAUAGGUGAUGCAAUCGACAGUGGUUUGUUGAAAAAUUUGGAUCUCACCAUUCUUGAUGAGACAGAGCCUCUUGACCAUAGUGAGGAAGAGAUGCAACAGCGAGCUCAAGACAUCGAUGCUUUUUUCACUGCCUACCCUAGUGUGCUCCACUGCCUCACAAAGCUCUCUCUAAAAAAUGUAGGCUUUGACAAAUUGGACAUGCACCAUGUUCUGUUUGACUGCUGCAAGCAACUGAAGCAUCUAACCCUUCAUCAUUGUGAUACUGGUUCCUACUCUCUCUUUAAGAUUGAUGCACCACACUCAAAACUCUGUGUUCUAGAAAUCGGAAAGUGUCGCUUUCUGAGAAUCGACCUUGUCUGCCUCCCUAAUCUGGAGAAGUUGGUUUGCGAUACUUGGGUAUCUCAGUGUGCCCCGUUGACCUUUGGUUUUGUCCCUUCUCUUGGGGAAUUAGAACUCUCAUGUGGUUCAGAUUGUGAGCAACGCGGAUUUAAAUUAAGUGAGCUUCUACAUGGAGUAACAAGCAUACAUAGUCUCACAUUGGAUUUCCAAGGAGAAACCCUUUGGUUGCAUCCUGAAAUGGAGGAUCUCCGCACCGCAUUCAGCAAGCUAAGGAAGCUGUCUGUACUUGGUAUCUUUGUUGAAUUUGACAUUUUAUGGACAACGGCCUUUCUUGUAGCAGCACCAUCUAUUGAAAUGUUACAUAUUGAGGUAUGGGAACAUACAUGCGAUGUGGGUGAGGCCAGACCUGCUUCCUUCCAUGACAGAAGGAGCCCUCAGUGGGAAAUGCACUUGGAUAGCAGCUCCGAGAACAAGCUUCUGAAAGAGCUAGAAUUUGCUGGAUUUAAAUCGCUAGAACAACAGUUUACAUUUAUAAGAUCCAUGUUGGAGCGAUCUCCCAACUUGCAGAAGAUGGUACUGAAAGAUGAGGUGCAGUGCGAUGACUGCGAUGCCCUUGAGGUACCUCGCCCUUCUAGAUUUCCGAGGAAGAAAGAUGAGCAAGAAGUGGUCGUUAAGCGGAUUAUAGAUGGCAUUUUCUCGCCAGAGAUAAUUUUUCAUGAAUAA